GUUCUAUAUGUCAUUUCAAUUAUAUGUUGUGUACUGCUUGGUUCAAUUUGCAGCUAUUCUAUAAUUAGGUGACUUGAUUCAGUUCUUAAUCUCUUUCUGUCUUUUUUUAAAGAUUCGAAAUGGAUAAUAUAGAAGAACCUCAGAAAAAAGUCUUCAAGGCUCGAAAAACAAUGAGAGUAAGUGAUCGUCAGCAGCUCGAAGUUGUGUACAAAGUCAAAGAAGAAUUGUUGAAAACUGAUGUCAGACUUUUAAAUGGUAACCAUGAAAAUGGAGAUUUGGACCCAACUUCACCUUUGGAAAAUAUAGAUUAUAUUAAAGAUAAGGAAGAAGUGAAUGGCAUUGAUGAGAUUUGUUUUGACCCUGAAGAAAGUAAAACAGAAUGGAAAGAAAUACCUUGUAACCUAAAUGUUAAUGUAAAAAACAAGCAGGAUGAGGAUUUAAAUUGUGAGCCUUUUUCUUCUGAUAAUGUGACUUCUGAACCAGCUUCUAAACUGACUACUGAAUCAGCUUCUGGUGAUCCACCCUGUAGUGAUCUGGCCACUGGAGAUCUGGCCUCUGGAGUACUGGCCUCUGAUGAUUCUGCCCCUGUUGACUCAAACUCUGGUGAUUCCACCUCUGGUGAUCCCUCAUCUGGUGAUCCCUCAUCUGGUGAUCCUGCUUCUGAGGAACCCACCUCUGGUGAUCUUGGCUCUAGUGAUCUUGCCUCUGGUGAUUCCACUUCUGGUGAGCCAGUUUUGGAUGAACCAGUUUCUGGAGAACCAAUUUCUGGUGUAGUGACCUCUGCUGAACUGGCCUCUGAGGAACCAGCUUCUAGUGAUUGUGCCUCUGAUAAUCCAGCCUCUAGUGAUCCACCUUCUGCUGAUCUGUCUUCUGGUGAUCUUCUUGCUGGUGAUCCUGCCAAUAGUGGACUGGCCACUGAUGAUCUGGCCUCUGGUGAAGUGGCCUCUGGUGAGCUAACAUCUGGUGAAUUGACUUCUGAUGAACUGAAUUCUGAAUCAGCCUUUGAGCCCACCUUUAAGCUGAGUUCUGUGUCAGUUUGUGAACCAGUUCCUGAAACUGACAAUACAGAGCAAAGUAGCCAUAAAGAUGACAAUUUCCUUGAAAAAACUGAGGACAAUGAAAAGUUAGACCAAAUUCCAAGUAAGGACUCACUUGAUGAGGAAAGUAAAGCUGAUAGUAAUAUUAAUGGUAAUGAAGAAACUCCAGAAACAGAGGGUAGAACUAUUUGUUCAGAUCUACCUCCUGAAAAUGGAAAGAAGGUAGAAGAAGAUCCUAUCACAGAGCUUGCUCUUGGAGAAGAGGCUAUAUCUAGCAGUAUGGAAACUGAUCAAGGUGAAAAGAAUAAAGAUGAAAAAUCUUCAGAUCUUGUAGAAACCAUUAGUGAAAAUGUUGUAAAAGAUGACAAAAAGGAGGACAUCUUAGAAAAUGCAGAUUCUAUGGAGACAGAUGAAAUAAUUCCUAUUUUGGAAAAACUUGCACCUACUGAGGAUGAACUUACUUGCUUUUGUAAAACUUCUCUGCUCCCAAUUGAAGAGACAAAUCCAGAUUUGGAAGAGAAAAUGGAAGGUUCUUUUGGUUCACCAUCAAAACAAGAAAGUAGUGAGAGUUUGCCAAAGGAAGCCUUUUUGGUCCUCUCUGAUGAAGAGGAUAUUUCAUGUGAAAAAGAUGAGUCUGAAGUUAUAUCACAAACCCAGACAUGCUCUCCAGCAGAAAUAGAAAUGAAUGAAAAGGACAGCAAACCUGAGGAAGAAGAGCAAGUAGUAGAUGAAGAAGAUGAAAGACCUUCUGAGAAACAUGAAUUUUCCAGAAGAAAACGUUCUAAAUCAGAGGACAUGGACAAUGUACAAUCCAAACGUCGUCGAUAUAUAGAAGAAGAAUAUGAGGCAGAAUUUCAAGUAAAAAUUACAGCUAAAGGAGACAUUAGUCAGAAACUUCAAAAGGUUAUACAGUGGUUACUAGAAGAAAAGUUGUGUGCACUACAGUGUGCUGUAUUUGAUAAGACUUUGGCAGAACUGAAAACACGAGUGGAAAAGAUUGAAUGUAACAAAAGGCAUAAAACAGUUCUUACUGAACUACAGGUUUGUACACUUAACUUUUAUAUCCUGCAUAUCAUCAGUUUUUAUAAUUUAUUUUCUGAUGAUGAUACAUCAUAAUUUUAUGUAUUUGAAGUUGACUGUAUAAUACAUUUAAAAAUAAAUGUAAGAGGUAAAGAAUGUUAGUUUGCUGGAGCUGUUGUAAAAACAGAACCAUAUUUUAUUAUCUCAGUUCUAGAGAGUAGAAUCCAAAGUCAAGGUGUCAGUAGGACUGGUUCUUUCUGAGGGCUGGUGCUAUGAGGAGAAAUAUGAUCUAUGCCUUUCCUCUAGCAUCUGUUGGUUUCCUGGUAGUCUUGAUGUUCUUUGCCUGAAAGAGGCAUCACUUCUAUGUCUGGCAUUACCUUCACAUGGUAUUGUUCAUGUGUAUUUUUGUCUAAAUGUUUCCUUUUUAUUGGGGUCAGGGUUUGAACUCAGGACCAUGCACUUGCUAAGCAAGUGUUCUACCACUUGAGCCACUACUCUAACCCUAAUUUCUUCCUUUUUUAGGAUACCAGUUAUAUCAGAUUAGGGAUCUACCUCAGUCUAGUAUGAUUUCAUCUUAAUUAUCUCUGCAGUGUCCUUGAGCUACUAAAGGUUCAGACUUCAAUAUAUGAAUUUUGGGGAAUAUACUUCAACCCUUAGCAGAAAUUCAGAAAUUAUCUAACUUGGUGUGUGCUUCUUAUUUAUUUUUAUUUUUAAUUUUGAUCACUGAAGAAAGACUGGUGUCUAACAUGCUAUGCUGUGGUAAGUUCAAAAUAAUAUUGGUGAGGGAUUAUUUAUUUAUUUAUUUUAGGUUGGUGAGGGAUUUUUUAAGUUAUCAGUUUACUUCCUCCAUGGAUUGUGUGAUUUUAAGAUCUUUACUAAUCCAUAUUUAUUAAUAAUUGCUACUUUUCACUUUUUAUUAAAUAUAGCUAUAAACAUGCAGCUGGCCAGCUGAAAUGACUAUAUAGUGGAAUGUUAAAAUAAUCUAUAUUACCACAAAGCUAAGAAGCUGGAAAUUUUUAUCAGUAUAUUUAUUCAUCACAAGUAACUGUUUAAUUAGCCUGUUUAAAUAAGAUCAUAGUCUAACUUUGGUUGGUAAACCACUUAUAGGUACUUAUUUUACAGAUGAUUGGAGAAGCAGCCCCUGAAAGUUAAAUCAGUUUUUCACAGUUGAAAACCAGAUUGUAGCCAGAUAUGGGUAGAAUUUAGAUGCAACAUUCUUCUAGGCUAAAAUUUGUUUUCUUGGUUUCAUACUGCUAAUUUUGUUUGAUGUGAGACUUUAGUAUUAGUAAUAAAGUAAUAAAAUCUUAGUAGUUUUGUGAUGGGGACAACACUUUUCCUGAUUGUU